AUGGCGUCCCUGGGCCUCAAGCCUGCCGCGGAGGAACCUCAAGUCCCCAGCUUAGAGGGUUGCAGCGGUUCUUCAAUGUUUGAGGCCCUGGCCAGAUUCAAGGACCCCUCCCGGGUGUCUGAACCAGAGAAGACCCUUACUUUGGUGAAGGGAACCGGCUCCUGCCUGCCAAGGAAUGUGCUCAGCGAGAGGGAGCGCAGGAAGCGAAUCUCUGUAAGCUGUGAGCGCCUGCGGGCCCUGCUGCCACAGUUUGACGGCCGGCGGGAAGACAUGGUCUCAAUCCUGGAGAUGGCUGUUGAGUUCCUCCAGCUUGUCCACACCACGGUGCCCGGCUGGGAGCAGCACAGUGUUCCCACUUCCUCUGGGAAGACCUGGCAUGCGUGGCAGGAGGAUGUUCUGCAGUUGACCCUGGCGAGUCGGAGUCCAGCUGGCAGACAAGACCUGGGGACAGCAGUGUCGGAGCCUUCCAACCUGGUGUCCCGGCCUCCACCCUGGCCACCUCACCCACUACAGUCAGCCUCCCCUAAGCUGAGGGAAGAGGUCCCUGGAAGGCUGUGCCAGGUGGGGUCUCUGACAAGGGGCACUGAGUCUCCAGGUGGGAUGAUUGAAGAGGCCAACACAGGUCUGAUGCCUGUGCUGGAUGCAAGGUCUGUGUCAGGGUCCAACGUAGAGGAUGGAACAUCUUUCCUGCUGACUGCCAGUCCUGACUGGUGGCUGGGGCCCAUGGAGGGCAGGGGAGGUGCAGCCCCAGCCAGGAACAGCCCAGUGGAUAGGGCAGAGCUGAGCUUUCUGGGGGAUCCUGAGUCUGGCUCCCAAGAGACCCAAGAUACUUCUCUGGAGCCGUGGGUGUCAGACCUGAGCAGCUGGGGCCUGGCCCUCAGGGAUGACGUGGACAGCAUCUUCUCCGACUUCUUUGCCUCUUAG